CCUCCUUCCUAUGAUGUACUGAAGCUGCUGCUGCGUGCAAGUGAGCAGAGUAAUUGAGAACACUUUGCCUUUGCUAAGAGACUCUCUUUCGCUUCUCUUAAAGGCGCAGACGGAACUGAAGCGUUGCAUUUUUUUUUCUUUUUGAUUGAACGAAGAUUGCGAAUAUGUGAAACAAUCAGUUGACUAUUUUAAAAACGCCAUUUUGCGGGCUUAUUUUUUCCUUCUUAGGAGUUGUGCUUUGUUUUCUAUUGCUCAAAGAAGUGGUGAGUUGGUUUUUUCGUCUGCUAACAGAAGAGUUCUUUUAAUCAGGGCGUGUGCAUUUGCGAACAGCUUACCGGAGUAGAUUGCAAUGGCUUCCAAGCUUCUGCGAGCCGUCGUCUUGGGUCCCCCGGGAUCCGGCAAAGGAACCGUGUGCGAGAGGAUCGCCAAGAGCUUUGGCCUCAAGCAUCUUUCCAGCGGGCAAUUUUUGCGGGAGAGCAUCAGGGCAAACAGUGAUAUCGGUAUAUUGGCAAAGCAGUACCUUGAGAAAGGUCUUUUGGUACCAGAUCAUGUAAUUUCACGUGUAAUGAUGACAGAACUGGAGAAAAUGCAAACACAGCCUUGGUUACUAGAUGGUUUUCCAAGGACAUUGGGUCAAGCUGAAGCACUUGAUAGGAUAUGUGAACUGGAUCUAGUGAUAAGUCUGAAUAUCCCAUUUGAGACUCUUAAAGACCGUCUCAGUGCUCGUUGGAUUCACCCAGCAAGUGGAAGAGUAUAUAAUAUGGAAUUCAAUCCACCUCAUAUGCGUGGUAUUGAUGACAUUACUGGUGAACCAUUAAUCCAACAGGAAGAUGAUAAACCUGAAGCUGUUGCUGCUAGACUAAGAAAAUACAAAGAUGCUGCAAAGCCUGUAAUGGAAUUGUACAAAAACAGAGGGAUCCUACACUCAUUCUCUGGGACAGAGACCAACAAAAUUUGGCCUUAUGUUUACACUUUGGUGUCCAGCAAGAUUCCUCCAAUCCAUGCAGAAGAAGCUAACUAAGCAUCCUUAAAAUGGGAAUAAGAAUUUCAUGUCAUUGAUUCUGGUUUUGUUUAUGAUGUGCUGUAUCUGUGCUCUGCUCUUUUUUAAAGAGUAGCUAUUCUCCCCGAUUUUACUGGAGAAUAAUUGUGGAACUACAUCUCAAUGAUUACUUUGUAUGGCAUCCUACUUCUUGGCAUAUAAAUACUUGUGCAUGGACUUCAAGUAAUUGUAAUUGCUAUGCAGAGACAGCUACACCUGAGCAGAUCUGUAGAACCCAUUGUUCACUCCCUCCAGCUACAAUUAGUGCUUCUCUAUAUUCAGUGUGCAUUUUCAUGGAUCCUUGAUCUAACACUCCAUGCCUAUUUAAACACACACUAUUCUAGGUGUACCUGCAAUGCAGCAAGCACUGUGGAAAAUACAUGCAUUAUACAGGUCAAAUAAUGUAUGUUUUGAGUACUCAAUAAACUGGGAAGAAGAAUCAUGGUGACUUCAAUCUCUUGGUUUGCUAAGGAGCCAACCUCAGAAAAAUAUCUCUCAUAAAAAUGCUGCUGUAUAAUAAAACUAGAUUUUUAAAUUUGGAGUGGCUUUAGGCCUUUAUUAUAGAGCAGGCUUGUUUUAGAUCUGAGAAAAGUUGCACUAUAUGGUUAGUACUUUUAAAGGUUUAAUUUUAUAAUAUACUACAACCAGUCACUAAGAGUGCAGUAUCACAGUUUCUUGCUCCUGUAGAAUUGUCCCAAUUUUGCCCCCCAGGCAAAUGAUUAUGUGGGCAGACAUAAUGUCAGACCCAGUUGGUGGUUCAUGUAAUAAGUACCAAAGUUCCAUUACUAUAGAGGUGAGGAAAAAUAUCUCUGCAGUUAUUAAUGACACUUGGGUCGGUAUUUUAGAAUUGUCCAGGUAACUCAUGAAGCUUGAUCACAUGUGCAAAAAAAUGUAUGCCAAUACUAAGAUUUAGUUUAAUUGGAUUAAGAGGGUUGAGAGUUUUCAUUUGGAUUUAUAGUGCCAUUAGAAUUUCAGUUCUAGGAAUAGGUGUGAAUUAGUUGCAGUUGGGGGUUUUUUAUUUCCUUCCUUCCUCCCUCUCUCUCUCUCUCUCUCUCCUUCCCUCCUGGCUCAUCUGGUUAGUUUUUAAUUCUGCAUUAGGAAUUACAAAAGGGAGAAUUCUGACUUUAUUGCCUCAACCUGUAUUGCCAGUGUCCUCUUCCUUUCCUUGCUAAUUGCUUCAUACCAUACAUCAGCAUCAGACUGAGGCUGCAGGUAAGGGAAAGCUUUGGCUGAAUAAAAGCAGAUUGCCUAUUGUACACCUAUUCCUUAAUAUUCACUCUGCUGUUACAACGUUCUAGAGUUUAUAUGCUGCUGAGGGUGCAGUUAACCUGAGUAUUGACUGAAUUCCUGUCAGUGGAUUUUAGAUCAAAAACUGAGUAACAAAUAUUUAAAUGUUGGUGUGUUUGCUCAAAAUUGCCUUUUCUUGAGGAACCAAUUUCUCCUCUGCAAUGAUUAUGGAGAAACUGGGGAUCUACUGUAGGAGUCUCUACACAUUACGUAGGAUUCAACAUUUUUUGAUAGAUGGUGCUGAUGGUCCUUGGUGUUGGCCUGUGCAAACAGAAAUUACAUUGUUGAAUGUUUAAAAUUCAACCUCUUUUUCUCUAUAUAUUUCAUGAUCAAUAGUUCAUGAAAUGAAUUAGGCUGCCAUUCUAAAUCUUGCAAUGCAAGCCAGCUUCAAGGAUCCAAGAUUCAAACGAAAUGGACUUCAUUUGUAAGAUGUCUAAGCUUUUUCUCUUACCCUAAGUCCUCCAGGCAGUUGUCCAAAAAGGUCUUGCAUUGUCUGAUACAAUACGUAAAAACAGCCUAACUUUCUAAAUUCUCUCAAGUUGUCUUAUUUGAAACAUUAUAAAAGGGGUGGGGUGGAAACGCAUUUGAAUAAAUUAAUCUGACUUUUACUGAAUUGUUACUUUCUCCUGAAACUAUGCUGCUGAUAUCAAAAUUACGCUUUUUUGACAGUAUAGAAUUAACUUCCACACAUAACAAAAUAGAACUAAAGACUUCCUAUUUCUCUGAUACAAGAUUGGAGCUUAAUGCCAUUUUGUCUGCAUACCCACAAUCUAUUAGAUAAUUGCAUUGCCGUUUUUUCCCCUUGUAUAUUAAUAUUUGCAAAAUUGAAUUGGCAGAACCCCAGUGUUGGUAUAGUACAUUUCAAACUCUUAGCUGUUGUUAAGGGAUCAAAAACUUGGUAUGGUUAUUCAACCUUUCUACAUAAAAUGUAUGCAGGAAGAUAUGCUGCUACACACUUCAGCCUGAUGUCCAGAUUACUUUUAGAUCUUUACAGAUUUAGGGUGUAGAUUUGAACAGAGUCACAUAAGCAUCUUUUCUGAGUGUACUUACAGAUCUUCCAUGAUUGGGAAGCUUGCUCCAUCUAUGUCAGUAAGUAGCACCCUUUUAAUACGAUUGCCAGAGCUAGACUGCAAUAAUUACAUGAUCACUAGAUAUCAGCAGAUGAAGAAAAGUUGCAACUCUUAGCUGCCUUCUAGUAGUGCAGAUUUUUGAGCCCAUAUCUGAUAGUCUUGAAGAUCUUCAUGUAAUGAUAUACACAUCAUUUGAGAGAGCAUACUCUUCCAAUAUUUUUCCUAUCUUAAUGAGAUAGGCUAACAUCUGCAGAAGACAAUAGAAGGAAAUUGGUUUUUAUUUUUGUAAGAAUUUUAUUUUUACACAAAGCAUUAGAGGGAGAACCAGGCUGCAGUCCUGUGUCCACACUUGCCUCAGAGCAAGUUUCAUUGAGUUCUGUGGGUCUCAUUAAUAGUUGUGCAUAGCAUUGUCCACUUGCCUUUUUAAAAUUUACAUUUUUAUCAAUACACUAUUUUGCUACUUGUUAAUAUUAUUUGAUUUAAAGAUGUAUUCUAGCAGUUACUUAUGUGUGAGUAUGCAUAUGUGAGUUAGUUACCGUUGCAUUCAUUGUUUUCACAGAUAGCAGUUGAACUAGAAGCCAUCCAAAGUAUUAAUGGCCAUUGCAGCACAGUAAAAUGUUCUCAAAAGUUUAAAGUGUGAAGCCAUUAUGAAGUCCACAAGAGUCAUGUAUGUUUCAAAAUUGUAGUAUACCUAUACUGCCUACUUAAAAAGCAAAAUCUUGCUUUUGGCUGAUAACUACAUCACCAUAUCACUAUGACCAUCAUACUUUAUAAGAAUUAUUCAUUACUGCCAUUUAACUCUCAGGCAUACUAUUGAAUUUUUACCUAUUUUAUAGCUUGAAACUUUAAAAACACUGGCUUUUUGUUCUGUGCUAUAUUUGCCAGUUACUCUUAUUUUUUAAUGAUUAAGUGCAACACCACAUGCAUAGUUAAUUGAACAAACACUUUUCUGUUCCUUCCUCUUCCCCCUCCCCCUCCCCCAACAGUAGGGUGUGCUUGAUAUAAUCAUUUAUAUGAAGCAAUGGUUGCUGUAAUUUUAUUACUGAAGAGUGAGCAUGUCUGAAGCCAGCCCAAGCUUUUUACUCUGUAAUAAAAUAGUUAGAUUGCAGUCUGGAUUGGAGUUAGAUGACUAGUUAGGUGUUUUAAGAACUUCAGUGUCUCUGACAACUCAGUAAUUGAAAAUUCCAUAUAUGUAGAUGCAACCCAUCUAUGGAUUUUAGCAUGGCUUGUUUUAGAACUUCUUGGGAGAAUACACCCCAUCACAGCAUAUAUUUGGAAAUGCAGCUUUCCAAAGGUUUUUGGUAUUCUUUUUAAUUAAAAGACCUUGAACCCUUUCCACCAAAUUCCAUUAACACUCCCUGUUGGUACUUCUGGGAGUUGGUAUUUACAUGAUACCAUCAAAAAGUGGAAUUUGAAGCAUUACCCCUUCGUAGACUUAUAAAGUUUAGAAACAUCAAUGGCAGCAGCAUAUUUAAGAAAAAGGAAACACGUUUACACAUUAUAUAUAUAUUAACUCUCUUGAGUGUAACAAAGCAUUGGCUGUUCGCAAUAGGAAGAUAUGUUUGUUACAGCUUUUCAGUGCAGAAAGGUUCAUUUGCUUUUAACCUACUCAUGCUGAAUAUCUAGUGUAAGCAAGGAGGAAAUGAUAAAAGCCUCUGUCGUUUCCAGAGUCUAGAUUUCCGUGGCUGUUUCUGGAGACAACUACCCUCAUUGGUUUCCAUCAUGGGGUUUGUACAUUGCACUAAAUCAGGAUUUAAUGGCCUGGUUCACAAUGGGUGAAUUCACAUAUCUCAGCCCAAAGCAAGCAUUUGGUCUAGCUUUCUACUCUGCCACAAACUUUUUCGGCUUGGUGUCUAGUGUCAGUCUGUUACGAGCAGGGGACUUGAAAUGUAAGGCUGGGAAUCCACAUUUCGUCUGUGCCCCAAGCACACAGUGAAAAUAGCAGAUGAUGCCACGGUGAUUUGUGAUUUUCUGCAGAAAGGAUGGACAGAGUGCUGGUCUUAGGGGGAUUAUUAAUUUGAACCAAUUCUAUAUUUCCAUCCAUUGUCUUAUUCUGUGUACCAAAAUAGGUUGAAGACAAAUCUUCCAAAGAGAUUUACAAAGUGAUAAAAUAAGUUGCAUUUGUAAGAAAGAAAUAGAUACAUACAUCACUCAGCUCUGUGACAGCAUGUAGCUGACCUUUGUUAAUCUUGAAAAGCUUAGUAGAGUCUGACCUGUUUACUAGUUGGAUAGGAAACUAGAAUGGGAAGAUGAAAAAGCCUGCUGAAAGAAUGAUAAACCUCUGCCUUCCAAGCAAAGUACACGGAUAUGUCCAUCAAGUCAUCCAGUGUUGAACUUCCCUUGAAGGAGAUUAUAUGCACUUAGAUAUUGGAGGAGAAUAGAAGCACUCUUUUGACUUUAGUUUAUGGUAUGCCUCAGAAUGUUGCCUUGUAAAGGUUACAAAGAGUUCCAUUCCAAAAUUCAUAUUUAUGGCAGAGGGGUAAUGUACAAACACAUUGUAUUGUGUGACUUUUCUGCAAAUGUACGUUAUUAAAUGUUGCAGGAUUAAAAUACCUACUUGAUGCUCUGAAUUGUACACAUCACUCCAUAUGGGGAAUAUUCAUAUACUACUAUCUUCUUGUGACACCUUUUCUCCAAAAUUAUUAUCUUCAGUAAUUUACCAUCAUUUUCACCUCAUGAUGUCAGCACUUUACUGUGAAUCGGAUGCAUUUUCUAAACUGAACAAUUGUUUUUAUAAUGACUGUAUAAUGGGAGCAUAUUGGAACUGAGGGGUUCUUUGGUUAGACAAGUGUUUUAAACAAUUUUUGUCUAGAACAACAACAUGAGAGAUGCAGUUUUGUUUUGCAUUGCAUAGUCUUCUCUCCCCCUUCCCCAAAUAUUCCAUACAGUCGCUGUAUUAGCAUUUGUUAUAUGUUAAUAAAGUUAUCUUUAACUUAGUCCAUGCCUUGAGAAGUGUGUAUUAUGUAGAUCAGUGUUUCUUAACUUUGGCAAUUUUAAGAUGUGUAGACUUCAACUCCCAGCAUGGCUGACUGGGAAUUCUGGGAGUUGAAGUCCACACAUCUUAAAAUUGCCAAGGUUGAGAAACACUAAUGUGGAUAGAUGAAUGUAAUAAAAACAGGCACUGUGAUACCUGCAUGCAUAAGUAUACCUGCAAACCCUUGUCUGGCAAUUGGCUGGUUCUCUCCCUGCCUUAGCUUCAAUUUUUGUUCAGUUCUUCUAACUAAAAAAUAAAUGGAAACUUGUGCUGCA